AUGGCCUCCACGGAGGUAGAUCAGAAGUUCCUGGGGCAAUUCGCAAAGAACAUCGCCUCAGACAACCCGCUCCUGUCGUCCAUGCUGUUCAAGCUACUUGGCCUCUCCGUCGUCCUUGCCAAGCAGCUCGUUCGCGCGCGCAAAUUGCGAAAGCUCGAUCCAACCCGUGCGACAAAGAGCCUGGACCUGUACUUCCACAUCAUAUGGCUCAGCCGUGAGGGCCUUCUCAUCGUGGAGCAAUAUGUCCUCCACAUGGUCUCGUCCUUUGAGGAACUCAAAGUCCUGACCUACAAACUACGCGCCUCCUUCUACCACAUCUUUAAGGCGGACCUGUACAACAUCCCGACGCCCAACGAGACGCGCGACAAUCCGGCUCCGCAGCAGACUUCCUCCUCCAAAGCAGAGACUACAUCCCCACCGCCAUGGCCGCCUUCCAAGAAGCCAACGACCUCGCCGAGCGGCUCCUCUGGGGCUCCCACCCCCUCCGCCUCAGCGUCAAAACCGAAUUCUCCGCCUUCCUCUACGACUGCGCCAAAGACGCCGACCGCUCCCGCCGCCUCGCCAAAAAACACAAUCGCAGAAGUCUACAACGCAACCGAAGGCAUGGACGACGAGAUGUUCGAAGACGCCGCCGAACUCGUCGGCACCCUCGGCAAAUUCAUGAAGCGCGGCCUCGGCAGCGCAGGCGACAGCAGCUCGGGAAGCAAGAGCACACUCCGAGCUGGCGCUGGUGCCGCAGAACAGCGACAGGAACCCUCAAGACCCCUGAGAAGUACACCGCCCAGGGCCGAGAACCUGCGCAACGAAGCGCUGCGCGAUGCCCGUGCGACGCCGCCCCGUGCGACGCCUCCGCGUGCGGUGCCGCCGAGGGGUCUGCUGACUCCGCCCGGGCACCCGAGGAGGGACGCGGAGGUGUCGCCGGCGGUGUCGGGGGUGGGGAUGGAUAAUCCUAUUUGA